AUGUGGUGCAUGGCAUGUGCCACUACAGUAUCCCUAUUCGCCAAUCGUAUUAUGAGCAUUGCUUUUCAUGAAUAUGCGGAUGUAAUUGAGAAGAAAUUGGCCUAUUUUUCAAUUUGCUUUUCAAUUUUCUAUGGAUUGUAUAUGUUCUUUUUUACCCCAUCGAUUUGUUAUAAUUCUGUUUGGAUUUCAUGGAUUCCGGACCCAUUGUCUGAAAUGGUACCAAGCGAGGCGGCUACACAAAUGUACAAAAACAAGCCUCAAGCCUGGAACAACUGGAUUUUCGUCACCUGUAUGUUCCUUUUAUUUUCAAUCUAUUGUGCGAUGAUCAAGAAAAUCGCACGGGGUCAGAAAUCGAAGGCAUCAAUGGCGAUUUUCUUCCAAUGCAUCAUAAUCUGUUUCUUUAACACUGUCUCUGCUCUUAUCUACAACGCGUUAUCAUUCAUCACCCCAUCCUUCUGGAUUCUUCUAUCGGGACAACUGUGUUGGUCCAUCAAUCACGGGUGUCCCGCGUUGAUUUAUGUCACAAUGAAUGAAACGAUCAAGCGGGAAUUCAAAAAAUUGGUUUUCGGAAUCAAGAGCAAGAAAAUCAGCAACACCUCAUCUAUCAAUACAGCAUCAAUGUCGAGAAUUUGA